GGAGCGCACACAGCAGCACCAUCAUCACGGCCGAAGGAACGGGAUAAAGCUGGAAAAGAACAUACAAAAAAAAAAAGCAACAAUACUACAUUAGUGCCGUGUGGGGUUGGGGAAAAAAAAUGGGAUAACGAAACAAUUCAUCUACUUCUACCGGAUCCCACCAGCUUUUUGAUCGUGUGUUCUUGAGAAACUCAAAUGUUGUCGUCGCCUGCGUUUUGCGCUUUUUAUCCAUUCUCCUUGAGCGCCGCUGGUACAAAGGCGCUCGGUCCGGAGCAGCAGCAGCUGGGGUUACUGCCGUAUGAAUGGGAAAGAGUGAACGGACCUGCUAAACCCGGAAUGCUAGACACAGACAGUGAGUAAGCCUCGCAGGAUUUAAACACUUUCUUAUUUUUUCCCCCUCUCCCCGGGAGCCGGAUCGGCAGUGGCAGACUGUCAUUGUGUCGAGGCUGAGAAAUGAAAGAAAUUCUCCUCCUGAAAAGUGGCCUUUUCUGGAAUAAUGCAUGAGAAAGACGAGCUCUAUGACAGCUUUCUUUUCCUUUUCAUGCCUCACGCAUUCCCAGCUCUUCCUCUGGCCGAGCAACCGGCUCCUCUUGUUCAGAAUGGGAUGUAUUGUUGCAUCUGCGCAACCCACGGCAAGUGUCAGCAAUUAGACUGUGUGUUUCUGAACGGGUUACCUAAAGGCCUGUUAUAAACACUGCUUUCUAACUGUAGGGGGGGCAUUGUUGUCGAUAAGGAUUCUGUGGCGAGCUGGACUUAAAAAAAAAAAAAAAAAAGGGGUGACUACCAGUGCGCCCUUGGCACCAUUCAGCCAGUGUGUGUGUGUGUGUGAACCACAAUCCGUCUCAGAGAGAAAUUUGGCAUAAUAUGGUGGAGCCGGUUGGUUUCAUCGAAGCGUGGAAGGCGCAGUUCCCGGAGUCAGAGCCCCCCAAGAUGGAGCUGCGUUCUGUUGGAGGCAUCGAGCAGGAGCUGGAGAAGUGCAAAGCGUCCAUCAGGCGCUUGGAGCAGGAGGUGAACAAGGAGCGCUUCCGUAUGAUCUACCUGCAGACCCUCCUGGCCAAGGAGAGGAAGAGCUAUGACAAGCAGCGGUGGGGCUUUAGGAAGACUCCUCUGAACGAGGGGGUGGAUGCUGCCACGCAGGGUGCCGAGUGCCAGUCGCAGCAGCCGCACAUGCAGGAGACAGGUGGAGUUGGAGUAGUAGUAGGAGGUGUUGGUGGUGGAGGGUAUGGUGGUUGCAGUGGGGGUGUUGGGGAUAGGAGCCGUUAUCAGCCUCUUGCAGAUGGAACUGGCAGGUCUAAACCCAGGCCUCCACCAGCCAGGAAGUCAGCCUCCCACGGAGAUGGCUUGGAGUCGGCUUUCGAGGUGCCCCAGCAGGCCGAGUCCACGUCCUGCGACAACCUAGAUGGCCUCUCGCCGUCCAAACAGAGAGGCGGCAUCUCCGUCUCUCCCCGCAGGCCCAACCUCCCGCCUCCAGACAAAGAGCUGCCCUCUGACCCCAAGGGGAUGGGACUUGGAGUGGCGGCUCUUAGGUCCAACUUUGAGAGGAUCAAACGAGCCAACUCUCACUCUGCGGGCGAUGUAGCAAAGGGCCAGGAGAAGCAGCUGCCGCCGCCACCGCCGCCGUUCUACUCUAACAUGGAAUUCCACCACGAGAGGGGUCUGGUCAGGGUCAACGACCGUGAAGUUUCUGACAAGAUCAGCACCUUGGGCAGCCAGGCCAUGCAGAUGGAGCGAAAAAGAUCCCUUCACUCCCUCCCAGGUAACCUGGCAACGGUGGCAGGGGAGCUCCGCGCCAGGCCAGUGUAUAGAGGUCGGUCCACUGAGAGCACCUGCGGCUAUGAUGCGGAGUAUGAAGAUGGGGAACCCAACCAGCGACAUUCGGGGAGGGCCAAUGGUGGCAAACCUCCACCCCCUCCAUGGCAGCCCUCUGAGUUCCAGGCCUACUCCAGUGUCUAUGUUGGUGGGGUGAUGAUGGGUGAAGGUGGCGGUGGAGAUGGGAGAGGCAGUGGUGGAGGUGGCAGUGGCGUCACAAUGAGGGACCUCGGGGGAGGGGAUGACCACCUCCUGACCUGGCCGCGCCGCUCCUACUCCCCAGGGAGCUUUGAGGAUGUCGGCGGAGGCGGCGGCUACACGCCGGACUGCAGCUCCAACGAGAACCUGACAUCUAGCGAAGAGGACUUCUCCUCAGGUCAGUCCAGCCACGUCUCACCCAGCCCCACCACGGCCUUCCGCCGACCCUUUAGAGAGAAGAGCCGCUCGCCGUCCCAAAACUCCCAGAACUCCCAGCACUCCUUUGACAGCAGCAGCCCUCCGACGCCGCAGUCCCAGAAGCGUCACCACCGACAGCAGGGGGGCCACGUGGUUAUGUCUGAGGCCACUAUUGUGAGCGUUCGCAAGACCGGUCAAAUCUGGCCACCUGCAGCCCAUCAUGACCUCGUGCCCCAUGGUAGAACCUCCCACGACAACAGUUUCCAUGGAGACCACCUAGAUGGUCAUUUCGCCGGGACCCCUCCCACCUACGGUUACGAUGCAGACCGCGCAGAGGAACAGCGGAGGCAUCAUGACAUCCUGCCGUACAUCGAUGACUCGCCAUCAUCUUCACCGCACCUCAGCUCCAAGAGCCGCAGCAGUCGGGACACCCUCUCCUCUGGAUCAUUAGAGUCGUCCAAGUCGACUGAAUGUGACCUGGAAAAAGGUUUAGAGAUGAGGAAGUGGGUCCUCUCUGGGAUCUUGGCCACUGAGGAAACAUACCUCAGUCACCUGGAGGCACUAUUGCUGCCCAUGAAGCCUCUGAAGGCCGCAGCUACGACGUCGCAGCCUGUGCUCACCGUUGCCCAGAUAGAAACGAUCUUCUUCAAAGUGCCUGAGCUCUACGAGAUCCACAGGGAGUUCUACGACGGACUGUUGCCCCGCGUCCAGCAGUGGAGCCACCACCAGAGAGUCGGGGACCUCUUCCAGAAACUGGCCAGCCAGCUAGGAGUUUACAGAGCGUUUGUGGACAACUAUGAGCUGGCUGUGGAGACGGCGGAGAAGUGCUGCCAGGCUAACACACAGUUUGCUGAAAUCUCUGAGAACCUGAAGGUGAGAAGCCCAAAGGACUCUAAGGACCAGACGGCCAAGAACUCUCUAGAGGCUUUGCUAUAUAAACCAGUGGACAGAGUGACUCGCAGCACGUUGGUACUUCAUGACUUGCUCAAACAUACGCCCACCAGCCACCCAGACCACCCGCUUCUGCAGGACGCCCUGCGGAUCUCCCAGAACUUCCUGUCCAGCAUCAAUGAGGAGACAACGCCCCGACGCCAGUCUAUGACUGUUAAGAAGGGAGAGAACCGCCAGCUUCUGAGGGACAGUUUCAUGGUGGAGUUGGUGGAGGGAGCCAGGAAGCUGCGGCAUGUCUUCCUCUUCACUGAUCUGCUGCUCUGCGCCAAGCUGAAGAAACAGAUCGGAGGUAAAAACCAACAGUAUGACAGUAAGUGGUACAUCCCCCUGACUGAGCUGACCUUCCAGGGCCCCGAGGAGACCGAGCCCCUCACUAUUCCCCAGGUCCCUGAUGAAGAGCUCGACGCCAUGAAAGUCAAGAUUUCACACCUCCGCAGUGAGAUCCAGAGAGAGAAGAGAGCCAACAAGGGUUCAAAAGUCAUUGACCGUCUCAGGAAGAAGUUGUCUGAGCAAGAGUCUCUGCUCCUGUUAACGUCUCCGAGCAUGCCCCUCAGAGUCUACAACAAAAAUGGCAAGGGUUACAGUUUCCUGAUUUCGUCUGACUAUGAACGCGCAGAGUGGAGGGAGAUCAUCAAGGAACAGCAGAAGAAAUGUUUUAAAACUUCCUCCUUGACUUCUAUGGAGCUGCAAAUGUUGACCAGCUCCUGUGUCAAGCUGCAAACUGUCCACCACAUUCCACUGAGCAUCAAUAAAGAAGAGGAUGAAUCCUCCGGUCUCUACGGGUUCCUGAAUGUAAUUGUCCACUCUGCCUCCGGCCUCAAACAGAGCUUGAAUCUCUACUGCACAUUGGAGGUGGAUUCCUUUGGCUUCUUUUCAAAUAAAGCUAAGACGAGAGUGUAUCGAUACACUACUGAACCCAAAUGGAACGAGGAGUUUGAGAUUGACCUGGAGGGCUCUCAGACCCUGAGGCUGCUCUGCUACGAGAAGUGUUACAACAAGACUAAACAGAACAAAGAGGAUGGAGAGAGCGCAGACCGCAUCAUGGGGAAAGGACAGAUCCCGCUUGACCCUCAGCCUCUCCAAGGCAAAGACUGGCAGAGAACAGUUAUUCCCAUGAACGGGAUCGAGGUUAAACUGUCCAUGAAGUUCACCAGCCGAGAGUUCAGCCUGAAGAGGAUGCCCUCACGAAAACCCAUGGGUGUGUUCGGAGUCAAGAUCUCCACAGUGACUAAGCGAGAGCGCUCCAAGGUGCCCUACAUUGUCCGGCAGUGCCUAGAGGAGAUUGAAAGGAGGGGUAUAGAGGAGGUGGGCAUUUACAGAGUAUCGGGAGUCGCCACUGACAUUCAGGCCUUGAAGACCGCCUUUGACACCAAUCACAAAGAUGUGUCAGUGAUGAUGAGUGAGAUGGACGUUAAUGCCAUCGCUGGGACCUUGAAGCUGUACUUCAGAGAGCUGCCAGAACCGCUCUUCACUGAUGAGCUCUACCCCAAUUUUGCAGGCGGCAUCACCCUGUCCGACAGUGUUGCCAAAGAGAGCUGUAUGUUGAACUUACUGCUGUCGCUGCCUGAACCCAACCUGGUCACAUUCCUUUUCCUUUUGGAUCACCUAAAGAGGGUGGCAGAGAAGGAAAGUAUCAAUAAGAUGUCCCUCCACAACCUGGCAACGGUUUUUGGGCCAACCUUGCUGAGGCCUUCCGAGAAGGACAGCAAGAUCCCGGCUAACCCCACCCAACCCAUCAGCAUGGGGGACAGCUGGUCCCUGGAAGUUAUGGCACAGGUCCAGGUGUUGCUGUAUUUCUUGCAGCUGGAGACGAUCCCCACCCCAGACAGUAAACGACAGAGCAUCCUUUUCUCCACUGAAGUAUAGAGCUAAUAUUGACUCUGCCGAUGUGAGAGUUUGACCAUGAAGGAGUGAAUUAGAGAAGGACCUUGGCUCAAAGUGAGCCUAUAGUAGUGUGUUUUUGAAUUGACUGACCAGAUUCCUGGAAAGGAUUGUUUCUGGCGAUGCCUGCCCCCCUCAAACACAUGAGGGUGCCAUUGGGCCUCUGAUGCUCAGAGGACAUGAGGUCCUUCCCGUUCGUAUCUCUCAUUACCUGAUAUUUAGUGUGAUUCCUUGUACCUUCAUUGAUUAUGUAGGUACACCUGCCAUCUACAUUUGUCCACUUCGUUCUCUGUUGGUCUUAACAUUGAACCUUUACAGCGGUUAUGGUUCAUAAAUCAAGAAAUGGUCAAAAUCAGUCCAUAAGAUUGAUUCUCGAUUCUUGAAUUGAAUGGUUUGCCAACCAAUGAGAGUUUCCAUGUACCUUUAUGUUUGGGCAUUGUUCUUUAUCUGUGUUUAUUUUGGACAAUCAUCAGCUCAAGAUUUCAAAAUAUUCAUCUUAAACAUUGCUUCAUGUCCUGUUGAGGAAAAUUGUAACCGUGUCUUACAUAAUCUUAGCACAUUGUUUCUGGGAAAACAUUUGUGCCGUUUGCGGGAGUUAAAAACAAACAUCCAGAGCUGCCACGAUACUGGCUUUUUUUCUUUGUGUCAGGAAAAAGCCAACACCUGUACGUUGAAAGUGUUGACAACGUAAACAAACCCCGGUUGGAGUCAGAGAACAGCGCUACAGCUUGAAGUGGGACAGUAAGAAAAAAAAAAAGGAAGCCAAUGAUUAGUAAUACACUGCAAUUUGACUACCUGCGGUUUUUCCGAUCAUAAAAGAAAAUGUCCUCUAUUUGUGUCGUUGGUGUCUCAAGGUAGUCUUCAGCUUAAAUAUCCAGGAAGCAAUAUAUUUUCUAACAUAGGAAUUUGUCUGUGGUCAUAUCUUUGCUGACGACAUGUCCUACUUAUUGUAACAUAGGACAUCUUGCCAAAUGAAUAUGUUGUUUGUUUGUUUCUAGGCGAAAAGGAAGCAGUUGUAUUUACAGAUACAGUAUGUACAUAAUCUUAAAGUUGUAUUUUUUUUUUUUUCUUUUUGGUUUAACAGUAUAAUCAUUGUUGCUAUUAUUGUAAUUUAUUUUGGGGUCCAGGGAGGAGAAAUUGGUAUGUUUUUCUAUGUGAACUUUUUUUGGUUUGAUUAAGAAAGUGUUAGGUCUUAGCCUUGACUUCAAGUCUUGCAGUAAAUAAGCAGGAUUUAGCCUUGUUCUUAUAGAAACUACUCUGCUGUUCUGUCCAGCCUAUCAAUUUAUGAUUCAUUUAGAUAUUAUAAUGAAGGUAACACACACAUUGUAGUUACAUACUGUAUGCUGCUGUGGAAAAGGCACAAGCUCUUUAACUGCUGGGUGUUCCUCAGCAGAACGUCUCACAUCCAGAGACCAUCGCCUGUCUAGUGUAGACAUUAUGCAAUGUCAUAAUACAGCACACACACAUACACACACAUAUAUGACAUUGUCUCUUUUUGUACCAUUUAAUCUAUGGCUGCAGAAGUGCACUCAUGCAAUGUUAGAACUACUGUAUAACAAUUUAAGUGACCUGAGCACUCAGCGUUUAUGUCCAUCGAAGAGCAUAUUUGUUGGUUUUAAUGAAGGAAUAUUGUGUAUUAUUGUUUCAUCUCCUCCCAACUCUUUUUUUUAUUUAUCUCAUGCAUAUGGAAAAAUGUCUGAAUAAUUCUUUGUCCCUUUAACUGCUCUUCAUACCGUUACACUAACUCAAUGACCAAUUUAAAGGAAAGCUCUUAAAUCUUAAAUUUCUGUCUUUGGUUUAACAUGCAGGCAUGUUUUAUUGAUUUUUUUUUUUGUUUACUUUUUGGUCUUGUUAUUGCUGUUUUGUUCACAAAUAUAUCAUCACAGACUUUGG